AUGUCUGACGAAGUUAUAUGGCAGGUAAUAAAUCAUCAAUUUUGUGCAUUCAAAAUAAAAACUGAUAAAAAUCAAAAUUUCUGUAGAAAUGAAUACAAUGUAACAGGUUUAUGUUCAAGACAAUCCUGCCCUUUGGCGAACGCAAGAUAUGCAACGGUUAAAAAUGUUGAUGGAAAAUUAUACCUAUAUAUGAAAACUGCAGAAAGAGCACAUAUGCCAAAUAGAUGGUGGGAAAGAAUUAAAUUAUCUAAAAAUUAUAAUAAAGCAUUAAAACAAGUUGAUCAUCAUUUAUUAUAUUGGCAAAAGUUUUUAGUUCACAAAUGCAAACAAAGACUAACAAGAUUGACACAAGUUGCAAUAACGGAGAGAAGAUUAGCAUUAAACGACGAAGAAAGAACAAUGGUUGGUAUAGCACCAAAAUUGAAAAGAAGAGAAGAAAACAGAGAAAGAAAAGCAUUAGCAGCAGCCAAGAUUGAAAAAGCAAUAGAAAAAGAAUUAUUAGAAAGAUUGAAAAGUGGUGCUUAUGGAGAUAAACCAUUAAAUGUUGAUGAAAAUAUUUGGAAAAAAGUAUUAGGAAAAGUUGAUGAAGUAGAACAAGAAGAAGAAUUUGAUGAUGAAGAAGAUUUUGAAUUAGAAAGUGGUGAUGAAGAAGAAGAUGAAAAUGAUAUGGGACAAGUUGAAUAUGUUGAAGAUUCUGGAGAUGAUGAAAUUGUUGAUAUGGAAGAUUUAGAAAAAUGGUUAGAUGAUUCGAGUGAUAACGAUAGUGAUGAAGAAAGUGAUGAUGAAAGUGAUGAAGAAGAUAGCGAUGAUGAAGAUAAUACAUCAAGAAAGAGAAAAGCUGAAGAUAAUAAAUCUAAACAAAAGAAAAAAAGAAAACCAAGAGUUGAGAUUGAGUAUGAAGAAGAACCAUUACAAACUAAUAUAGCUGUAUAG